UUUCGAAGUGCGAACUUAGAUAGACGUGUCGAUCGAGCCGAUCGUAGUGCAGUGAUGUGAGGAUGCUAGUGCGUGGCCAUGUCGAGCGUGGCGAAGAAAGACAAGCCGACGAUGUCAGUGACUGCACUGAUUAAUUGGGCGCGACCGGCGCCGCCGGGCCCGCAGCAGCCGCCGCCCGCGACACCUGCGCCCGCUCCCAACAUGCUGCAGGGUUUCGGGACGACGUCUAAUAUUAUGCCCACCGUUGACUGUUCCAUUGACAUGCAAUGGCUGAACAUAGAGGCGGGGUUUAUGUCCCCAAUGUCUCCGCCGGAGAUGAAGCCAGACACAGCGAUGCUGGACGGAAUGCGGGACGACGCGACCUCCCCGCCCGCCAUGAGGAACUACCCUCCGAACCAUCCCCUCAGCGGUUCCAAACAUCUGUGUUCAAUUUGCGGUGACAGAGCGUCGGGAAAACAUUACGGAGUCUACAGUUGCGAAGGAUGCAAAGGUUUCUUUAAACGUACAGUUCGGAAGGACCUUACGUACGCGUGCCGUGAAGAGAGGAAUUGUAUCAUCGACAAGCGACAGAGGAAUCGCUGCCAGUACUGCCGCUAUCAGAAAUGCCUCGCGUGCGGCAUGAAGCGAGAGGCUGUGCAGGAGGAAAGGCAGCGGGCGGCGAGGGGGGCCGAGGACGCGCAUCCGAGCAGCUCCGUACAAGAACUAUCGAUCGAAAGACUCCUAGAAAUAGAGUCCCUCGUGGCCGAUCCGAGCGAAGAGUUUCAGUUUCUUCGCGUGGGUCCUGACAGCAACGUGCCUCCUCGGUACCGCGCGCCCGUCUCCAGCCUCUGUCAGAUAGGCAACAAGCAGAUCGCGGCGCUGGUGGUGUGGGCGCGCGACAUCCCGCACUUCAGCCAGUUGGAGCUGGAGGACCAGGUGGUGCUCAUUAAGGCCUCGUGGAACGAGCUGCUGCUCUUCGCCAUCGCCUGGCGCUCUAUGGAGUACUUGGAGGACGAGAGGGAGAACGUGGACGGCACGCGAAGCGCCGCGCCUCCGCAGCUCAUGUGCCUUAUGCCUGGCAUGACGCUGCACCGCAACUCCGCGCUGCAGGCGGGCGUGGGGCAGAUCUUCGACCGCGUGCUGUCCGAGCUGUCGCUGAAGAUGCGCGCGCUGCGCAUGGACCAGGCCGAGUACGUCGCGCUCAAGGCCAUCGUGCUGCUCAACCCCGAUAUAAAGGGGCUUAAGAAUCGACAAGAUGUUGACGUGCUAAGAGAAAAGAUGUUCUCCUGCCUGGACGAGUACUGCCGCCGCGCGCACAGCUCGGACGAGGGCCGCUUUGCGUCGCUGCUGCUGCGGCUGCCGGCGCUGCGCUCCAUCUCGCUCAAGAGCUUCGAGCACCUGUUCUUCUUCCACCUCAUCGCCGAGGGCCACAUCACCGGCUACAUCCGCGACGCGCUGCGCAGCCACGCGCCGCCCGUCGACACCAGCGCCAUCAUGUAAG